AUGGAGCGCACGCCGUCCCCGCCCCGCCGCGUCCACACGCCGCCCGCGCCGCUGUAUGGAGACAACUACGAGCCGUUUUCACCGCGCCGAUCGCGCAGAGUGGCCGCCCAGCACGACGCUCACACUCACCAACAGGAGCGGUCAAGCCCACGGACCAGGCGCGACAUCACGCCAACGGCCUCUUCUCACGCCAAGCGUUCUGCUGCCCGCGCAAACGCUUCCUUUGCACUCUCACCCCCAUCGUCGCCUGCAUCCCCACAACACCAACACCUCCGCUCUCCACGCUCGACCCGUCGCGCGCCCUUGGACCUCAACCCGCUCGACUCUGACUCCGACACUGCUGCACCAAGCUCGUCCCGGCGCACCUUGUUUGCGAACAUGGCUCCUGGCAUGCUCCCAACUCCCGCAAAGACGCCGCGCAAGCGUCGCAUCGAAGACGUCAGCUCGACCGCGCGCGUGUUGUUCCCCGCCAACCGACCUUCAACCAUCGACGAAGCCAUGCCGACCCCGCGCAAGGGCCGCAAGACUAAGAACCUCUACACUCUAGAGAGCUUCGCCCAGCAGAUGGACGAGAACACUGAAAAGAUCCCCAUCUACACUGACUCCAAGGAGCGCGUACCCACUCCUGGUGCUCAGACUGAAGAUAACCCAUUCAUCACCGUCAAGGGCAAGGGCAAGGCAAAGGCUGCUCCCCAAAAGUCAAGGAAGGUCGUCGACCGAAAGACUGCCAAGAUGGAGGCGGCUGUCGACCGUGACGAAGGAAUGGUAUACAUCUUCCGAGGUCGCAAGGUCUUCCGCAAGUUCCACGACGACGCACCCUCCGGCGCCUCAGCGGCAGAGGAAGACGACGACCUCUCCGCCGAUGACAAGCAAGUCCGCCGCCAGAUUGGUUAUGAGGCCCGCCGUCCGCUCACUCGUUCGUCUAUCAAACCCCGUCUUCUGUUCCAAGCAGAGAUCAAAGAGCGCAACCGCGCAAACGGUGUUGAGACCGACGACGAGGAGGCGACCACCGACAUCGAUGCGUCCGUCGCGACCCCGAGCCGCAAGAAGGGCAAGAACGCCGUCCCAACACCAUCCUUGCUCACAUCGCCGCCGCCUACGACCCGCAAGCUCAAGAAGGAGAUCUCGUUUGAUUCAUGGUCGCGUGUCAAGUCAGCGCACAGCUCCAGCAGCUCCACCAAGACAUCCAAGAAGCGCAGCGGUGAGCCGCUCGAGCGCGAGGCAGCAGACAAGCGGGCUCGCAGUGAGCACUCUACCUCAUCCAUGUCAAUUGACAACAUCUAA